AUGUCGCAGGACCCUCUGCGCGCUGGCCCAUUGUCCGACGACUCCCAGGAUGCUCGCAGUGGGACGGACGACUAUGGACCUGGAAGUCGCCAUUCCUCACGUCGCCCGCCUUUGCGCGCUCGUCCACAGUCCUGGCACCCAUAUGGGCCAGUUGAGCCACCACUCGACUCAGCCAGGUCUAUUGGCGUUCAUUCCAUCUUGAACCAUCCAGCGCAGGCAGCUGAUAUGAAGGGAGUUCGUGAGCCAUUGAAUCUGCCGGGGCCCUCGUCCCUCGACCACGCCAAGGGUCUUCGCCUGCUCCUCGAAGUUUGCAUGGAUUACAGCCAUUGUCCCCCAGGUCUCAUUCGCGGCCGUUAA